GACGGGAAGUGGGCGGUCUUACCAUAGAAGUGGUACGGACGUGACACUAGUGAUAGCUUAAGCAAAUUAAACUUGUUUCGACGAUUGUUUGUAUAUCCACUGAGUGAGAUGACAUUGGUUUAGUAGAGAUUAUACGGGGAUCGUAGCUGACGCCUGUUAGUUGGCUGUCAUCAUGGUGUCUGCGAGAGUUCUCCAGUUGCUGGUGUUAGCUUGCCUUGCCUCUGCUCUACCUGCUAUAGAUGAUAAUGGCAACCAUUUGGUGAUAGCCCCACAGUCUCCAGUGCUUGAGAUUGGGACUAACUUCACGGCCACGUGCAUGAUCAUCAACACAGCUGAAGUUACAGCAGAUGACCUCUACUGGAAUUUGGCUAAGACCACAUUACCCAAAGAACAUUACAGCAAAGUCAACAGAUCAACACUUAAUGUCACUCUCCUUGUCGCCGGUGAACAACCUGAGUGGUUAUUUUGCCACUGCAAGGAGGAGUUAACUAAUGUUUACCUGGAUAAAGGAAAAUAUAUUCAUGGGAUCCUCCUUACAAAAGGCUAUCGUCCGGGGAAGCCUGAGAACCUGUCCUGUAUUGCACCUCAGGAGGGCGACUACAUCUCUCCAAAGGUCAACUGUUCUUGGGCAUCAGUAGGACGUCAAACCGCACAGGUCCCUAUAACGUACACAGUGUUUUUUAAAAUCAUCGCCCAGACCACCUACAAUGUGUCAAAUCAUAAAAACCAUGCCCAAAUAUCAGUGGGCCUUUUCCCCAACCAUAUGGAUGUGGAGGUCUGGGUGGUAGCACACAAUGCACUGGGAACAGUAGAGUCCGAGCAUGUGAAAAAGGAGGCCGGCUACUUUGUGAAAACAAACCCGCCAGCAGAUGUCAAAACCAUUGCAGAGAAGAAUUUUUCCACCAGCCUUCUCAUUAACUGGACGAUUCCUAUUCCCAAAGUAUAUUUGGAAUUAACAUAUGAAAUCAGAUUCCGCCCACAUGGAUCUGAGAGUUGGACAUAUGUACCUCUUGCGGACAUUACCAAUGACAUACAGUCCUUCAGACUCCAGAACCUUCAACCAGACACAACUUAUGUCACUGAGGUGCGCUGCAAGAAUUCUAAACGGGGCUACGGAUACUGGAGUGAAUGGAGCACCAGCACUAAUAAAACACCAGAGGCCCGACCAGCCAGUAAACCAGAUUUAUGGAAAUUCAUCACUAGAGGCGACAGCAUUAAUGAACGACGAGUUCAGUUUUUGUCCAAGGAUCCUGUGUUUUCCAACGGGAGGAUAAUAAGAUUUGACAUAAGGAUUCAAGACAAAAAGAAUAAAGCCAAGAAUGGAAGUUUGGAGUGGGAGAGUAUCCUGGUCAACAGGUCCGAGGCAGCAGACAACAGCUCUAACCGUCACCAUCCUAUCACCGUCCUUAAAGAGAUUGUCCUGCCUGACAAGAAGUCCGUCACAGUGCAAGUCAUUGCUGUCAAUUCUGAGGGGGAGUCACCUACAGCGUCCUUAACCGUCCUCGAAAAAGCACGUGAGCUUAACCCAGUGGAAGACCUGAAGGUGUGGUCCCAGGGCGGCCAGCUGUGGCUGGAAUGGAAACCUCUCAGCAGCACAGCUGUGACAGAGUACGUGGUGGAGUGGGUCACUGGUGAUAAGAUUGACUGGCAGAGGGAAAACAGAAACACCAACCAAACUGCCAUUAAAGGCAAACUGGAGAAGUUUGUUUGCUACACCGUAUCUGUGUAUCGUGUAUACUCUGGAAGGGUUGGGAAGCCAGCCAGUAAAGAAGUCUUUCUGGAGGAAGGAGUUCCGGAGGAGGGCCCCAGUGUUAAUCUGAUGCAUAAACCAGGACGCAACGAGGUCGAGCUCAGCUGGACGGAGAUUCCCCAAAACAAACGGCGAGGCUUCAUCACAAACUACACAAUAUUCUAUAAAAAAAGCCCCACUGAAAUACAAUCUGUGGUGGUGCCAGGUAACACCACCUCAUUCACGCUUAAGUCACUGUCGAGCAACACCAAAUACGACACUUGGAUCAGGGCUUCAACCAUCCGAGGCUCAAUCAAUGGCACUAGUCACUCAUUCACCACUCUGAAAUAUGCACCUGGAGAGAUUGAGCUCAUCGUAGUAGGAGUGAGCCUCGGCUUCCUAUUUGCUGUUGUCAUGACAAUGCUGCUCUGCAUCUACAAAAAAGACGUGAUCAAGAGGAACUUCUGGCCCCAGAUUCCAAACCCUGGAGAGAGCACCAUUGGGAACUGGUCUCCUGAUUAUCCUUUGAAAGCGGAGACACCAAAGGAGAACUGUCUGUCAGGCAUCAGUGUUCUUGAUGUGGACAUGUGUGAUGGUAGGUCUGUGUUUGAGGAGGACAAGGCCAGUCUUCCUCUGAAGAAGGACAAGUAUCUGUCUGAAGAGCACAGCAGCGGCAUAGGCGGCUCCUCCUGCAUGUCCUCACCUCGCCAGAGCGUCUCCGACAGCGAUGAGGGCGGCGACAUGGCUGACACCACAGCCAGCACCGUUCAGUACUCUUCGGUGGUGGCCUCCAAUGGUUACAAGGGUCAGACCCCGAGCUCUCAACCACAGCAGGCCAUUUUUUCACGGUCUGAGUCCACGCAGCCCCUGUUGGACUGCGAGGAGAACCCAGACAUGUUGGUGCCGGAGAGCAGCAGACAGUCCCAGCGUUUUCCCCGACAGCCCUGCUUCAGACACACUGCAGACAGCACCAACCCUGCUGACUUCAACCAGGCGGACAUGGAGCAGCAGGAGGUGCUGGAGCCUCUGGACUUCUGUCCCCUGGAAGAGGACUCUGAGCAGACAACACCACCAGAUGACCAGUCAGCUGAGUGGCUGCCAUCAGCACCAUCCUCCAGCUACAUGCCUCAGCUGGGGGGCUACAGGCCACAGUAAGAACACAGACAGACCUGACUUGCAUCAUAUGCGUGAAUACUUCUGUGCCUUUGUUGAUGUUAAAUGUGCAUUUCAAGUCUCCGAAGCAGCGAAGAAGACGGUACCUGUGUCUUUUGCACAUAAGUAAAUAUAAAUGGUCCGUGAUGCUUUGAGAGAGCACUCUGUAAAAAAAAAAAGAAAUACAAUGUGAAUAAGAGCUUGUAGCAGUAGUUUCUCAGCUUUGCAUUCACAAGGAACAAUUACAAGCCGUGUCUUUAUAGGAACUGAAUGGCCAAUCGUACUCGACACAUGUAUGUGGACGCUUUGAGCUACACUGUAAAUGUCAAACUUAACUUCCGAAAGCCUUCAAAACACAAACACAGGUGUGGCAUGACGCAGAUGCAGGAGUGAUGGGUGCUACAGCAGGAAACUCAUGUUUGCAUUUGAGCAGCCUCUUGCUGUAGUGCCCUCUUGUGGAGGGGUUUUACCUCUGCAGGGGAUGUUACUAUUUGUUACCUUGUGAUUUAACUGACACAGUAUAUUUUCAGCUUAAGUAUAUACACUGCAUAUGAAUGUAAUCCUGUAACAUAAGUUCAUGCUGACAUGUACCGCUAAUGAAAUACCAGUGCUUGUUCACUUUUUUUUUUUACAAAAAAGUUUAACUACCUUUGGAAAAUUAAAAAAAAAAAAAAAAAAGAAAGGAAAUGGGGGCGAAAAAAGAACAUAUCAGAGUAAGGUACAGUUUCUAGCUCAUGUGGUGUCUUUUAGUUGAAGGAUGCUACUUUAUUUGUGGAUGUAACGUCUUCGAUGCUCAUUUCAUUUAUAGAAGCAGAAGUGAUUCUGUUAUAUACCCAGUGUUCACUGUGGAUACUACAUUGGGAGAUGCUCCCUCUCACCCCAGUGUGUGUCAGAGCAAGCAUUACCUCCUCCUUCCUUCUUUCCUUUCAGUAUUCAGACACAGUAUUGAAUAUACUGUCAACUUAAAACAGCUACUGCAUAUAUUGUCAACUUAAAACGACUACACUGUAUGAACCCUCUGAUCACAGUCCCUGAUUUGUGUUGGCAUUGCUAUGAACAGCUUCGAGAGAUUAUCUGGACACAACCUGACAACGUGAUCAGUCGCUCACCGUGAUCUGUGUCAGACCUGAUCUCAGCAGCCAAAUGUCUCGCUUGCAGCAGCUUCAAUCGUUAUUUUUUUUAUAAUGUGUCAAAUAAUAUGAGAUUGGGGGGUGGGACUUAUCAGCUAAAUCUGCAACUCCCCUCGGCUUUAGUUUCAGCUCGUUGUUUAUCUGCCUGGACCACAACUUUUACUCUCGCCGCUCUCAUCGUGUUGAAGAUGAUAUGUCUGCUCCCAAGAGGCCAAAACAAGUCAGUUACUGCAGCUUCAUCUGCUUCUGAAUUGCUUUCCCAGGACUGCAGAGUUCUUCUGGACAGAAACAUUUCAAAGAGAAUGAUCAAAUCUCAAAUCACCCAUGUGGUAAAGUAAGUGACAUAUUAAUGAAAGACCGGGUGAAUACAAGGCAGUGGAAACAACUGCCAGGCACCAUUUUCAGUUACAACUGCCAAAGAGGUCAUGAAUUUCAUCAUCUGCAGAUGAAGGUUUGUGUUUGUUUUUGGUAAUGCUGUAAACAAUUAUGAUUAUAAAGUAUAAAAUAAAUCUUGUAACUAAUGUGA